AUGUCAUGGGAAGAACGGUAUAGUGUCUGCGCACGAUCAAAGGAUUCGCUACCAAGCCGUGAGCGCAUUCUCCGAAACAUCAAUAGCCUGAGUCGCCCGAACCGCGAAGGCUUCACAUAUACCAUUCACAAGAUGCAGUACUACUCCGCUCUCGAACCUCUGUUUCCCCUACGGGACGACCCCUUGAAUUUGCAUCUAGAGGUGGUGAUGGAGGUGUAUUUUGAGAUAAUCUACAAUGCCUUACCAAAGGUGCAGAGCCGUACAGUUCUUCGGGGUCAUGAACAUACUGCCAAGACGUUCGUUAAGGAGACCUUCAAGCUGAAAACGUGGAAGGAGUUGCGGGCCAACAAUGAGAAGGCAAAAGCUCCACAGAACCAAGGCCUAGAACUACUUGUCUGGGCUAGAAACGCCUCUAGCCCAGACGAGUAGAGCUGGUCACCGCUUCUACUCUGCUUCUCGAAGCCAAGAACACCACAACAAAAGAUCGCCAACACAACCGAGAAACAGUUGCAGGUUGAAUAGGAAAUUCUGAUCGCCUUC